ACACUACAGCAAAAUUGGUUCAGAAAGUCGCCAGAGAGCUCCUCUGUUGUAAUUCCGCUCCAAACCUGCAGGGGUCUUCAGUGUACAUUAAGCGUUUGUUUGGAGCCACAUAAAGAACUGAUCCGAAACUUGGUACACAACUUCCUACAGGAGCUGACAAAUCGUUUUGAUAAUCUAUAUUUCUACUGUGUCUGGGACCGCUACGCCUAUCAUUUUGAAUUGACCGUAGUAGCAGGCUUCAGCGAUAUCUGUGACUGAGGUCCAGUGAUGGAUCUGAAAGCUAUGUUGCAGCGUUUUGACGGACGGUCCCGGUUGCUGGUUCAUUCGUUGCAUUCAAGAGCAGCCGGGGCGAGCAAUGCGCAAACAGUUUUCAAUAAACAGCGCAGAUCUGAUCCAGAUUUCACGCUAAAUCCGUUUUUAGAAACUUUGUGCCAACAAGAAGCAUGUGUGCACGAGGACUCUCUCGUUCUUAAGCCUUUGGUGUGCCUGUUUUCUGAAGGCUUUAAGCGAAAUCUGCUGUGUUUUCUACAUCUGAUUCACCCUGGACUGCCCAAAGACCAUGUUCUCCACCUGCUUCAGUGUCUGACUCAGGAUGACGUGGAAAAUCAGUGGACUUGUGCCUUAAUCAAGCAGCUCCAAAGAGAUAUUGAGGGCACUAGGAAAGGGACCCUCCUCACCUCAGACGGUACAGGGAAACUAAAGAGUCUCUGUGAGAGAUUCAGGAAUGCUAAUGCAAAAGGAAAAUGGGCUUAUUGUUUUGAGGCUCUUGAAGCAGAGGAUAAAGAGACCAACAUGCCAGUUUUAUCUCAGAAAAAGAGGAAAAGUGACAACAUGGAUCAUGAUGGAGAUGCCCAAGAAGAUCACCAAAGUAAAAGGGUAAAGAUGGAUUUCUGUCCAAGUGAAGAAGAAGAGAGGUUGACUGAAGAGGAGGAACCUAAAAUGAGAACGUCACAGCUGCAACAGAGUGCUGCUUCUGUAUCACAGGCUCGCUCUGAUGUGUUGGGGUCUUCAAAAAAUCUGCCAGACCACAUGAAGGCUGCUGUUCCUGUGAUCAAAGAAUUACUAGAUACAGAGUCAGCAUGGGAUGAAAGCUCUGUGUCUGCUCUGAAAGUAUUUCAUGAAUGUGACCCCAAUGAGGUGGAGGUAUUGUGUUCGAUGCUGUGUUUGUCUGAAGCAUCUGAACAGAGCUUACCUCAGUUCUGUAGCUGCCUGUUGGAUUUGUCGCCAGACCUGAGUCACAGCACUGCUUCUGCUGUGAUCACACACCUUCUGCUGCCAAAAAUUCUGUCCCUUGCAGAACCUGCCUCUCGCUGUUUGGUAACAGCAGCAAUGUCUCUUUGCACUCGUUACCCCAGGCCGACCUGCCAGGCUCUGAUAGAGCCAGUUUUACGGAAGGGUCAAACUGGAAGCGCCCAGGCAGAGGUACUCUGUAGACUGGUUGUGGACUGCCUUGAGCCACAUCACAGGCUUCUUGUAUUUCGAACAAUACUUGGAGUGUCCUGGGAUGAGGGAGUGUUAUCAGUCAUCCAUGCACUGCUGGAUUCAAAGCUUGAGCUGAGUGAGGAGGAUUUCUCUCUCUUCACCGAUCAGCUUUGCAGCCAGUCUCCACAUUUCAGCAAAUCUAUGAAGUUUGCCAAGAUGUUGCUGAGCGUCUUGACCAAGUAUCAGUCACAUGUGAAUCCUGCAUGCCACCACACACUUUCCAGUUGACUGUCUUUCAAUGAAACCUUCCUCAAGAAAUCAUUGCAGGCUGCAUUAAAACGGAUUUCCCUUUGAAUCAUAUUAUGCCCGUUUUAAAUGCAAUGAGUUUCAGUCAUUCUGAUUGUAAAAAGUUGUGUAUAUAUUUUGUAAAUGUAAUAAAACUUAUUUGUAUUGUAUAGUUGUAUUGAGAUAAAAAAAAAAUAUAUAUAUUGAAUUGGAUAACUCUUCAUAUCAACAGGGCUUAAAGUUCCCCAGCACCGUUCCGGUGUUGUGCC